AUGAGUGCAAAAUCAACAGUGAUUUAUAUCAAUCUAUCUAUCUAUCUAUCUAUCUAUCUAUCUAUCUAUCUAUCUAUCUAUCUAUCUAUCUUCGUAUUUGUCUAUCUAUCUAUAUUAGCAAAUGUAUAUCUCGCUCAUUUAACAUCUAUCUAUCUAUCUAUCUAUCUAUCUAUCUAUCUAUCUAUCUUAAUCCUUUUGCAUCUAUCUAUCUAUCUAUCUAUCUAUCUAUCUAUCUAUCUAUCUCGUUUAAUCUAUCUCGCUCUGUUUAAAUCUAUCUAUCUAUCUAUCUAUCUAUCUAUCUAUCUAUCUAUCUAUCUAUCUAUCUAUCUCAGUAUAUUCAUUAUCUCUCUCUCUCUCUCGCUAUCUAUCUAUCCAUCUAUGCUAUAUUCUUUCUUUCUUUCUUGGUUUCGUUUUCUUCGUUUUUCCCUUUCUUGUUUCUUUUCACAAGUUUUUCUUUUGUUCUUUUUAAUUUUAAAUAACCGCUUUCUUUCUUUCUUUCUUUCUUUCUUAUUUAUUUUCUUUCUUUCUUAUUUAUUUUCUUUCUUUCUUUCUAUCUUUCUUUCUUUCUUCUUUCGUUUUCUUCGUUUUUCCCUUUCUUGUUUCUUUUUACAAGUUUUUCUUUUGUUCUUUUUAAUUUUAAAUAACCGCUUUCUUUCUUUCUUAUUUAUUUUCUUUCUUUCUUAUUUAUUUUCUUUCUUUCUUUCUUUCUUUCUUUCUUUCUUUCUUUCUUUCUUUCUUUCUUUCAAUGAAACCAAGUAG